AUGGCCGCUUCCCUUCGACGGUGUAUUUUUGGUCCUCAGCUGUAUAGAUUGCACACUUACGGCGAAACCCAGGGUCAUGAAUACCAACCAAACAUUUUGGAGCGGCAGGGCAACAAUGUUGUCAGGAUUAUAACAUUCUGCUGGUCAUUUUCAUACUACAGCUCCCCGGUACUGCUGGCAUAUCUGUACCGAAGAAAUUAUUUCACCUAUGAGGGAAUAACUGGUAUCGGGAAGUUGAUAGGAUUCGCACUUCCUGCAUUGGCUUUGGCCAUGUGCAUGCGAGGAUUUGGCAGAUACACGAAUAGUGAGUACUGCUCCUUCUUGGCGGUACUUGAAGAUGCUAAAGAAAAGAACAGCAAUGAACUGAAGAAUAAGCUUCAGUACUAUGACUUUGAGUUCAGUCACUGGCCACCAGAUUUCAAAUGGAGCGACGUCAACAGUGAUUCAAGUAAAGUGAGAUCAUCGGUUGGUAGCUUCACCUCAUCAAAAAUCAAUCGCCCUGUGGAGUAUACUAGUCUCCUCUCAAGGCUAGCAGACUUGCCUCUUCAGUUCCUUAGUUAUAUGGUUGUACACACAGUGGGAAGGAUGAUCAUCUACCCUGGACAUACACCCGUGUUCAACACAUUAGUAUGGCCUGCCCUAAUUGAAGGAAGAGCCAAACUGUUUGAGAAAAACGGCGCUGUUCGCUCUAAGCUCAUAGCAAGGGAUGGCAAUGAGAUUGAUAUAGUAGUCGUUGAUAGGAGGAACAAGGUGGAGUCAUCGCGCAACAACAAACUGGUAAUAUGCUGUGAAGGCAAUGCAGGAUUUUAUGAAGUUGGCUGUCUGGUAUCACCAUUGCAAGCGAGGUAUUCUGUUUUGGGCUGGAAUCAUCCUGGGUUCGGAGGUAGUACUGGUAAACCGUAUCCAGAGAACGAAGCUAAUGCUGUAGACGUUGUUAUCCAGUUCGCAAUCCAUCGUCUAGGUUUUGAGCUUAAAGAUAUCGUGCUGUUUGCUUGGUCUAUAGGAGGUUUUACAGCUAGUCUGGCUGCUGAGGAGUACCCAGACAUAGGAGCAGUAAUAUUAGAUGCAACAUUUGAUGAUCUACUACCUCUAGGCGUAACCAAGAUGCCUGAAUUUAUGGGAGGUUUAGUUGAGCGCUCAAUACGUACAUACAUGAACCUGAAUGUAGUGGAGCACCUUUGCAAUUAUCCUGGGCCUAUUAGGUUAAUACGUCGGUCUCGUGAUGAGGUGAUCACUACAUCAGUAAUACCUGACAUAGCCACAAAUAGAGCCAAUGAUCUGUUAGAGAUCCUACUAAAGCAUAGGUAUCCCAAUCUGAUGAAUGAAGAAGCAGUAAAGGCCUUGAAGCAGUACCUGAGUCAAAUGUCAGUUUACUCUACCUUUGAAGUGGAUGACGCUACUUGCCAACAUGUCCUACAGAGCUAUGUACUCAAGAACUCCAGUAAAUUCCCUAUCUUAAUAGGCGAGGAGGACUUGGAGUUUGUGACCUCAGCACAGCUUGUCAUCUUUUUGGCUGGCAAGUACAUGAUUGACUUUGAUGCAACUCACUGCACUCCUCUACCCCCAAUGCUUUUCAUGAUGCCCUGGUCAGUCGAGGACGACACCUUCAAUGCUGGACUGGAUUGAGUAAAGAGUAGACACACUCUAAGGAUUGGGUUAAGGGUGACUGUCAAACGCACCCAAAACAUAAAUAAAUACUUGCAAAAAACUUCAAUGUCCUAUUACUAUUGCUAAUUUUGUCUAGGCACUGAUCAACCUGUUUAAGCCAUUUAACUGGAAAGAUUGUGUAAGGUGUCGCAAAUGUGCACAUGAGUAUCUGUGUACAGUAUGUAGGUGAAUUCAGCGCAAUGUUGCAGGCUGCUAUACAGUAGACUAUCAUUCAAAACCAUAGUGGACUGGAUGAUAUUGAAUGGUCAGACAGUAGGAGGGUUGACUGUGUACUGUGU